AUGGCAAAGAAUAAUGCACAAAAGAGAUCAACUGAAAAGAAAGAUGAGGUUACAGUAGAUAACAACAACAAUGAUAAUAGUAAUAAUAGAAUAAAGAAACAAAAACAACAAAAUAUCACUAAUACUGAAGAUAACAAUAAUAAUGGUAAUAGUAAUAGUAAUAGCAAUCAUAGUAAAGUAGGAACAUUAACAGUUUCAUCGGUUAUUAGUGAUCGAAUCACACAGAUAUCAGCACAACACUGGCUAUCGGGUGAUCAAUCUGCAACCAAUGAAUAUCAAUCACAAUUAGUACACGAUCUAUUAUAUAACGAUAUAUUAAAUGAAAGCAAUAAUAACAGAGAUCGAACAUUAGCACUAUUAGAACUAUCACAUUAUCUAGAGAAUUAUCUUUGGCCACAUUUUAAAAAGCAACAUAACAAUAACAAUAGCAACAAAGAUAGUAAAGAUAGUAAUAAUAAUGUUAAUAAUGAUUUAAUAUGGUCAAUCAUUAUAAUGAUAAAUGAAAAAGCAAAAGAAGGAAUAUCAGCAUUUCAAUUAUUUGAAAAUAAUAAUAGUAAUAAUAAUAAUAAUACAGAUAGUAGUAGUAGUAGUUUUAAAUCAUUAUUCGAAUUAGUAUUAAGAUUACCAUUUAAUAGCAAUAGUAAUAACAAUGAAAUAGUUAAAACCAAUCUAUUAUAUCAAUAUAUACAAUUUCUUAUUCAUUGUUAUCAGUCGUUGGAGAAUCCAAUGGUUAGAGCUGAAUCACUAAAGAUCGUAUCCUAUCCGAUUUGGAUGAAUCUUUCAACCGGUAGAUUAGCAGAGGAACUUCAAGACAUCUCUCCGCAACUCCAAAAAAAGAUAAUGACAAUGAAGAAAAAGUAUCAAAAGUCUGCACCUUUACCUUCAUCCAACGAUUAUAUCUAUUCAAAUUUCUUGAUACUUUUAAUGAAGGAUUUCAUUGUUAAUAGGUUGGAGAAGAUCACUGUGAAUAAUAAGGUGGGUGUGGUUGCACAUGGAAGUGCUGACGACGAGCUGAUUCGCUACUGUGAGUUGUUUGUAGAGUUUAUGAUCGAUUUGGUCAAUCAGAUAACAACUAGACGAUUCGCUUAUGCGCUGCUGGACGAUUUUCAUUUGUUGGUGCGUAUCAAGGAGUCUGCUUUCAGUCGUAGUGGCCAUGCCAGAGUGAAUAACCUGCAUGAAUCGCUGAAGAUCUUGGAGUUCUACUUGAACUUUACGAUCGAUAAUUUCAGUGGACAAGAGUUGCCAAUGGAUCAGGUGAUCCAAUCGCAUUACUUUAAGAUACAGAACUUCCAGCGGCUGCUGUUCAAGAGCUAUCCGGAGCUGAAGGAGUUGGCGCUGCAGAACGUGUCGGCGGUGGAAGAUCGCGCCAAUCUCGUGCGACAACUCGAGGCGGUUGGCGUGGAGCGACUGAGAGAGUUGGCUGUAGAGAGUGGCUGGCUUGCUGAGGAUUCAGUAGAUAGCAAGUCGUUUGUCAUCUCGGUGGUAGUGAAUGCACUGCGUCGUCACCACUACCACAAGGACGCGCUCAAGUCGGUGCCGUUCUACCCGAGCGAAACCGAGCUGUGGAACAACGAAAUCGGUGUGCUCGACAACUAUCGUGGUGAGCGAUCGCUGCCACUGCCAAAGUUGAACAUGCAGUAUCUCUCGCUGCAGGACUACCUCUUUAGAAACUACUAUCUCUUCAAGACGGAAGCUGCCUAUGAGUUGCGCGCCGACCUCGAAGAUUCACUCCGUCGACUCGCUCCAAAGUUGAACGAUGAAGGUCAGACUGUCUGUACCGGUUGGUCAAAGAUGGCGUUGCCACUGAUCAACUUCCGACUGAUUAAGGUUGGACAACCGUUGGUUGGACAGUCUAAGCCAUCAAAGGUAGUCGGUGUGCUCAACUACAGUCUCGCCAAUGUGAAACAACAGAAUGUUCGUGACGAGUGGGAGUCGUUGAAAGAGUAUGACGUACUGAUGUUGGUAUCGGUACGCGCCAAGAUCGGACUAAGCGGUAAAUUCGACCAUUCCAAGCCGUUCGCCACAGAGUUUGGCGUCACCGCAGUGCGUGGAUGUGAACUCAUAGAGAUAUGCGAUGAAAAAGGUGAUCGUAUUGAAAAUCAAAUGGUAACAGAUUCGACCAACAACAACAAGAAACAACCACGUGGAAAUAUGAGACAACUCAAAGUACUAUUGGAUUCAAAUCAAUAUCAAUUAGAUUUAGAAAAUAGUGAUAACAAUAACAAUAACAGCAGCAACAGUAAUAAUCUCAAUAUUAAUCAUAAUAGUAAUAAUCUUAAUAUUGCACCAGAUAUUUAUAAAUCAUUUAAUAUCAUUGUUAGAAGAAAAGCAAAAGAGAAUAAUUUCAAGGCGAUUCAAGAGACAAUUGUUUCGUUGAUCAACGACGAUAAUAAUCUACCGGAGUGGCUAUCCAAUACAUUCCUUGGAUAUCCAAGUGACAGUAGUAACAACAAUGCAGCUGGAAAAGCUAUUGACUUCCAAGAUACUUUUAUUUCGAAACAACAUCUUUUGGAUACCUAUAAAGAUAGCAGCAGUAGCGACAACACUGUUGAUUUCAGUAAAUGUGUGGAAUCACCAUUUAAAUUAACUUUUAAUGGUGAGAAUCAAUUGGUAGCAGCGGAAUCCUAUCAGAGACUGUCGAAUCUAAGUUUGAAUACUUUCAAGGUGGAGGAAAGUCGUCGUUCCAAUAAGAUUAAAUUCACUGGUGUUCAGGUCGAUGCCAUUCGUCGUGGAAGCUCUGAGGGACUCACGCUGAUAGUCGGUCCGCCAGGAACUGGAAAGACCGAUGUCGCCGUACAGAUCAUCUCCAACAUCUAUCACAACCAUCCCAAUCAGAGAACUCUGAUUAUCACUCACUCGAAUCAGGCGUUGAAUCAGCUGUUUGACAAGAUCUGCCAGCUCGACAUUGACGAGCGUCACCUGUUGCGUCUGGGACACGGACACAGUCAACUCGAAUCGCAAUCCGACUUUACACGUACCGGACGUAUUGACUAUAUGCUCAGUUUGCGUAUCCAUCGAUUGGCACUUGUCGACUACCUCGCCAAGACACUCGGUGUCACAGCGGAUGUCGGAAGCACCUGUGAGACAGCCGACCAUUUCUACCAACACGAUAUCAUUCCUCGUUGGACAGUAUUCCAACAGCAACUCAAUGACCAUGCCAAUAGCAAGAUAUCAUUCCCAUUCAAUCAAUAUUUCCAAGUGAAUCUGUUUGUUGAUGGUAAAUACAGUGAUGCCGACAAGUCCGUUGCCGAAAGAUGCUGGCGUGCAAUACAACAGAUUUUCACUGAACUCGAAGAGUGUCGUGCUUUUGAGUUGUUGAAAUCACCAUCCGAUAGAUUCAACUAUCUACUAAUGAAACAAUCGAGAAUUGUGGCGAUGACUUGUACUCAUGCUGCUUUGAAACGUAACGAGUUGGUCAGACUUGGAUUCAAAGAUCUGCGUAGAUUGGUAGUGGCGAUGUCACGUGCGCGUCUCGGUCUCUACAUUUUCUGUAAACGACCGUUCUUCAACGAUUGCUACGAAACCAUCUCUGUAUUCCACAAGUUUACAGAGUCACCCGACAAACUGGUACUCGUACCAAGCGAAACCUAUCCCACCGAGAGACACUCACUCGACACACCCUAUCAAUCAUUGGAAUCAUCACUCAAACAACAACAACAACAGCAAAACAAUAAUAUAGAACCAUUCAUCAUUGAAAAUUACUUACAUAUGCAACAAUUGGUUCAAUCAAAUUUACCACAAUAA